AUGAAGGACGUGGUCAUUGAUGUUCAUUACUACAAUCUUUUUUGGGAUAUUUUCAAUGACAUGACUAUCGACCAAAACAUUGAUUUUAUCAAAACAAACCGUUCAAAUGAGCUACAAGACAUCACAACAUCAAAUGGACCACUAACUUUUGUUGGGGAAUGGGUGGCUGAGUGGCAAGUAAGAGGAGCUACUAAAGAGGAGUAUCAACGAUUUUCAGAAGCUCAACUACAAGUGUGGGGGAAAGCUAGCUUCGGAUGGGCUUAUUGGUCGCUAAGAAACAUCAACAACCAUUGGAGCAUGGAUUGGAUGAUCAAAAAUGGCUAUAUUAACCUUUAGAAGCGCUCGGAAUUGUUCUUUUAUCGUUCAACAUUUUAGUUCUCAAUUAUUGCAAUAAACAAUAUGAUAAAAAAAUAUAUUUUGUUAUUAUUUUGGGAAUGAGCCAAAUAAAUUAAUCAUUAGCUAUAAGUUGAGACAUAAACGUAGAGUGGGCAAUGUUUGGAAAUAUUUGUUGUACUUUU